AUGCCCGAAAUUCCUCCACAAGUGCCGGCAGGCAUGCCUGGGCAAAGUGAUGGCUUGUCAACAGCCAACGUCUCUCAAGUCCCGGAUGCCAGAAGAACGUCUUCGGCUCCAAGCGCCCAGACUCUAUCCGGAUCCUCGAUGGGGACAAUACGCCCAAGCUCCAAGAUUGCAAUCCCUCGACACCGCACAGGGACGCCCCUGAGGCAUCACCGACGGGUCCCACGAGCAUGUGCAUCAUGUCAUACCCGGAAAACAAAAUGCAGUGGCGAUACCCCAGUGUGUAUGCAAUGCCAAGAUCUAGACAUGAAAUGCGUGUAUCCACCAGCCUUGCGCGAGAAGAUGAAAAUGCAGCAGCGGGACCUUUCCAAGAAACUUCAAGAGUGUCAGAGCUUACUAGGAGAAGUGGAGCCUCUGGUAUCGGGGCGCACUUCUAAACGGAUCAAAGACGUAUUGCAACGCUUGGAUCCGGGAUACAUCUCGAGCGACCUCUCUAAUGGGAACACCUUCCGCUCAAGAACCUCUUCUCUAGCUGAAAUGGAGAGACCGCCCAGCUCCCCAUCCUCCGUCGGGUCAUUAGAUGCCUUGGAUCAAGUAGAGGAUGAUAUUAAUCUUACUGAAGAGUCUCGAGCUACAGGGCAUAUUGGUAAAAGCUCUGAAAUUACCUGGAUGCAGCGACUGCGAAAGGCAGCGGAGGCUCGCCGCAAAGAGAGUGCCGCAGACUCCGAGGCCACUCAGGACGGCAUCAUGAGUGGCCAGCCUCAUGAUCUGAAUUAUCAUCUCGAUGAUCUCGAUAUUACGGUAUCUGGGCCAGUGCAAAGAUACUGGGUUCCACCCCGCCCACUGGCAGACAAACUUUUUGAAACCUAUCUCUUAGUCGCUCAUCCAUACUUCCCCAUCAUUAAUCGUUCCUUGUUCAGUGACCAGUACAAAACAUUCUUUGAUAGCUUUGCUCUUCCAGGUGACAAAUGGAUGGCAAUCCUGAAUAUGAUUUUUGCUAUCGCUGCAAACUACGCUCAUGUCGCCGAGCUGAACUGGCGUGGAGAACCACAAGAUCAUCUGGUUUACCUGACUCGAGCGCGAAUGCUAAGUAUGGAUGGCGAUGACCUGUUUUGUCAUCCAGACCUUCAACAAGUCCAAGUUGAGGGCUUAAUUGCUUUCUACCUGCUUUCGACGGACCAGAUACACAGGGCAUGGAGAAUUUCAGCCCUGGCGAUUCGCUCCGCGGUAUCUCUGGGCAUAAAUUUGAAGAACAAUAGCCAAGCUGUCACAAGUGUUUCCAAAGAGAUCCGCAACCGAGUCUGGUGGUCCUUGUAUGCCAUCGAGAACAAACUUGGCAUGAUGACAGGUCGACCUACUUGUAUGUCUGUCAACAUGUGCAGUGCACCAUUCCCGCUUCCUUGGGAUGAGAUUGAACUUUUGGGUCCAUCUGCUGCUUUGCUUCUCAAUGAUCCGAUUCUCCGCGAUAAGCGCAUCAACAUCGCCAUGGCAAGUUCACAUAUCCCGGGAACACCUAUGGGGAGAUCGGCAAGUACCGAAGAUAUGAGGGCAGCUCGCUUUUGGCUUCAAGAACAGCCUGCCAGCCCUGGCCUAUGCUUUCUCUAUUCCUGCGAUCUCACAAUGGUGACGCAAGAGGUCCUCGAUCGUGUAUAUGCGAUCCGAUGUCUGAAUCGACAUUGGGCGUAUCUCCGGGACACACUGGCUGAAAUACAAGAAAAGGUCGAUCUGUGGUUCUCUACCCUACCCAGGGCAUUGGACUUUACCUGUGUAGAAGAUGAUGAUAUUGCUUAUAACGAGAAGAUGCGACUGGCAUUCCAAUACCACGGAGCAAGAAUCCUACUAGGUCGACCGUGCCUCUGUCGACACAAGACCUCACAACCAGACGAGAAACAAGAAUUCAACCAAGCCAUGGCGCUAUCAGCCUUGGAUUCCGCCGCCCAGAUAGCCCGUUUAAUUCCAGAUGGCCAAGUCCCUAUCUCGCCGCAUCGAAACGGGCCCUGGUGGUGCCUUCUCCAUUCCGUCAUGCAGGCAGUAACGAUCAUGAUCCUUGAAAUCUCGUUUGGCAGUAUCCAUAUGCCCAAAGGAGAGAAUAGUCUACUGCAAUUGACCAAGAAGUGUGUUCGCUGGCUUCACAGGACUUCCGAGAGUAACAUUGCAUCACGCAGGGCAUGGCAGCUGUGUGACAUGGCACUUCGUCGGCUGGCAUCGUCCAUGGGAUUUCAAGUCAGCGACUUGUCAUCGCAUCCUUACGGGCAAGGAAAGCCACCUACCAACGAUUACUUUGGGUUCUCACCACUCGAAAGCCGCAAGGGGUCGGUCGUUCAAGUCAAGGAAGAGGACCAAAACUUGAAAAAGGAACUUGCAGUGUGCUUUUCAAGCGGACCAGAUGGGGUCCAUAUCACCGCACCAGAUUCGAAGAGUGGCCUCUUGGGGGCUGUUCCUGUGGGUUCCUCGGCUCCAGUGGGGGAUGGGGUCGGCGAUCACACGUUUGCCUAUUGUCCUCUCGAUCAGGACUUCAUUCAGACAUUCUUCCCUGAGCUUGAGGUCGAUGGGACACUAUAUGUCCCAACAUAA